AUGAGUACAGAAUGUUCAGUGUUAUUUCAAGUGACAGUAAGAACAUCUCUUUCUUAAGUUGUUGGUGUAGUUGGUAAUCAAGUUGAAUUAGGGAGUUGGAAAGAGAAUUGUAUGUGCAUAUUAAAAACAGAUCCAUAAAUAUUUCCAAAAUGGGUAGCUGAAAAACCUAUAGAGUUUAAGCAAGGUAAAUAAAAUGAUAUAAUUAGGAACUAAAUUGGAAUUUAAAUUUGUUAUAUUAGAUAAUGGAAAAGCAAUAUGGGAAGAAUUAACUUAAAAUCGUAAGUAUCGAUGUAGAUAUUGGAAAGUAAUAUUGACAGCAGAAUGGAAUAAUUAUGAAGGAAAAGAAAUUGUAGAGAAGAGGUUUAAGUCAAGUGUAUGUUUGAAUUAAGAGAUAUUAAGUUAAUAUAAAAAGCCUAAAUUGAGUGAUCAAUUUAAUCCAUUUAAUUAAGCAAGUGAUGAUUCAGAAGAUUCAGUAGAUGGUUUUGAUAGUUUUACUAAAGAAAUAGCUAAGAGAGAUUAUUCUGAAUCAUCAGAAUCAGAAGAAGAUAAAAAGAAACCAGUCAUUGAAAUUACUAAAGAUAGUGAAUUUUCAUCACUUUAUGAUUUAUAUACUGAGAAUCCAAAGUUUAGAUAAUUGAAGAAUUUUAGUUAAAAUGAUAUUUUAUAUGAAGUAAAUGAAGACCCUUUAAUAGGAAUUAGUGAUGAGGAUUCAUUAUUAAUAUCGACAUUCUAUCUUCCAAUUAUUGUUAUUAAAUAAUCAGAUGGAUCAUAUUAAAGACGUAAUUUUUAGCAUUCAUUCAGUUUGCACUUAUUAUUUGGAGUUCAGUAAUUUAAAAGAAUUUGGUUUGGAUUACCUAUAGUAUUAAAUGAAAAAGGAGAAAAAAUAACUGAUAAAAGUGAUCAACUUAAAUAGUAUUUAAGUCAAUUUGGAUUUGUUCCUGUAUUUGUCAAUUAAGAAUGUCUGGACUAUUUUAAUUAAGAAUUCUGUACUAAAAUCUAUUAACCUAUUAUGAAUAAUGAUGUCAGUAUUACAAAACUUGCUGCACUUGAAUAUUCAGAUCAUAUGUAAGAAUGCUUUAAAAAACUUAAUGAUGAAUUUUUUUAAGACAUUAAAACACAUAUCAAUCAAAAUUCAAUUGCUUUGAUAGCUGAUUAUAGAUUAUUAUAUUUAAGUUAAAUCUUUGUAAAUCAUAAAUUUACACGAUUACCUUUAGUAAUAUUUUAUAAUAGAUUAUUCCCUCACAUUGACAAUUUAAAAUUAAUCCCUUUUUAUCAUGACAUUACUAAUUCAUUUUUACAUGCAAAUGUUAUUUGUUUUAGUAAUUAUAAAACAGCUAAUGAAUUCUUAACAGUAAUGAAAGAGAUCUAUUAAGUUGAAUAUCAUUCAUUUAAAGGAAAUUUAGCAUUUCACUAUUAUGGUAGAGAGAUCUAUAUAAAAUUAAAAAAUCCAGGGAUAGAAAUUAGAGCUUGUGGAGAUCAUAGAUACGAAAUUCCUGAAGCUAUAUAAAAUAAAUUAGAUGAUAAAACAGAAAUUAGUAUAGUUGGUGUAGAUACUUAUGGGCAUUAAUCAGGAGUUGAACUUAAAUUUAGACAUCUUUUCAAAUUUAUUAAAGAAACAGAUAUUAUAUAAAAAAAUCCUCAUAUUAAAUAUGUUUAAAUUUAAUUAAAAGCAUUUGAAGAUCAUGAUGUUAAUGAAUAAAGAAUUUCUUUAUUAAAUCAAAUCGAUUAAAUAAAUUCAUUUCUAUAUCCAAAAAAAGACAAUUAUUUUAUCAAAUUGAUAGAAGAAGAUAUGGAUUCUAAGAAUCGAUUUAAAGAAUUUGAAAAAGCUAAGAUAUAUUUGCAAUGUAAAUAUAGUGGUAGACAUGACUUUUAUUUACAGGAAUAUAUUCAUUUAAAUAAAAUGCCUAUUGCUUUAAUAAGUGAUUCAAGUUGUUAUCAUAGAGGAUUUUAAUCAAUAGUUGCAUUCAAUUUAUUUUCACAUUAAGAAUUUAAAGAUAAAUUCUAAAAUUUAUUAUUAAAAGUCAUACAAAAUUCAUAUUAAUUUAUUUAAUUACAUAAACUUAGAGUUGAAGCUGAUUAAUUAAUAAUUAGAAAAAAUUAAACAUCUUAAUGGAUUGAGAAUAUAUUUAUUGAUGCUAAGAAAGCAAUUUCAAUGUUAAAAUUUGCUUAAAUUAGUUUAAGGAUUUAAGAUGGAUUAAUGAUUAAAGUUGCACAUAAUUUAAAAUUUUAACACUUAGAUAUAUAAGCUGUUUCUAAAGCAUAUUAAUAAUCUUAAAAGCCAAUAAUAAUCAUUGAAUUUGAAACAAUUGUGACUGAUUAAUAUGUUAUAGAUUAUAAACCGAAGCAUUUUCUUCAACAAAGUCCACAUUUAAAAGGAAAUGAGGAACCUAUAAUGAUUAGAUAAGUUUAGUAAGAUUUGAUAAAUAAAAUAAAGGAUUUAUCUAAAUCUUGUAAAGUAUAUAUUGUAUCCGGAGGUGUAUAUAAUGAAUUAUCUUCUACUUUUAGUGGUUAUAAUGUUGGUUUAUUUGCUGAAAAUGGUUUUUUGUAUAGAUAAGAUCAAUUAUAAUGGAAUUCUCUAUUUAAUUUAGAUUUUUAAUGUUUAAUAUAGGUUAGAAAGAUUUUCAAUCAAUAUGCUAUGAAAACAGAAGGUGCAUUUAUAGAAUCAAAAGAAAGUUCAAUAAGUUGGAAACUUAUGAAUUAAGAUGAACAUGCAUAAUAAUUAAUUUAAGAUGUAGUAGAGAAUGUUUAAAUAAUUGUUGAAAGAUAUCCUAUGUUUUAAUUAAUAGUAGGAUGUAAUUAUGUGGAGGUAAUUCCAAAAAAUCUAAAUAAAGGAAUGAUUCUAGAAAUCAUAAUGCAAAAAGAAAAUUUAUAAAGAGGAAAAUUAGAUUUUGCUUUAAUAAUAGCAAGAGGAAUUAAGAAUGAAGAUAUCUUCUCUCAUUUUAAAGUAAUUACUUAGAGCAGAAAAUAUUUUAGUGAAGUAUAUUUAUUAUAUUAAAUAAUAGAAUGCCAAUCUUUUUUCAGUUUCUUAAGGACUUGUACCAUCAUAUGCUAAUUAUUAUCUUAAUAACCAAUAAGAACUAAUUUAAUUAUUUAAGACUAUAUGA